AAAAAGGUAGUACGGGUGAGUGGUGAGCCACUACAGUGUACAUACUGUGAGCGCCAAAAUUGUUGUUGAGAAUUCGCAUGACUCCGACAGCCUGACCGCAAGAAUUUUUCGACAUUGAAAUCUUUUGCAAUAAACAAUUCCAGAAUAAGGCCAAAAUGCAGAGAAACAGUGAAGCGGGACCGUCGGUCGUGCACGACGAGCUGGAUGCGUUUCACGCGAUGUCCAAAGAAGCCGUCAAGGUGGACCGUUGCCUCUUGCAGCAAUCGGAGAACUUGCAGAGGCUGACGAAAACAACUGACAGAUACGCAGCCAAGCUGGAGAAGCUGAAGACUCAGUCUGCACACUUGGACGACCAGCUUAAAUUCGCCCUCAUCACCAACAAAUCCAUCAAGGAGAAUCUGAAAGGAAAAAGGCAAUCCAAGCAGACAAUGGAGGCUCUGGUGAGCAACCUAGAGAGGCAGUUGUACCUUGAGGAAAUUGACAUUCAGAACAAGGUGAAAGGCUUUGAGCAGACGCAGGAAAAGUACGACAGCAUGUGGAAGAAAUACGAGGAGGUGUACAAGAAGAUGCCUCACAUGGCGAAGAAAGAGAAAGCAGAAAAGGAACUGGAAGAGAUUAAACUGAAGGCCGAGAAAAUCAACAGAGAGACUGAAAUCAUCAAGGCAGAGGCUGAUGCCAUUGAGAGAGAUACUGAACAGAAGUGGUGUGAAGUGGCCCUGCUGCUCGCCAAACAUGACAGAAACCUGAAAAUUCAGGACAAAUAUGAUGCCUUGGUUAGGCAGAGAGAUGAGCUGCGAGACGAAGUCCAGAUGCUGCAAAUUGAGCUGGAGAAGGCUGAAAUCGUGUCCAAGCGUGACGAAAGCCACGAGAAGAACAAAAUCGGCAAACUGAGAAACAUGAUUGGCACGAUGAAUAUCAAGGAUAAGCAGAUAUUCGAAUGCCUGGAAAUGUCUGAUACGCAGCAGAGCAAUGAGGAGGAAAGCGAGUCCGAGACUUCAGAUAUGGAGAAAAAUGACUUUGACAGCCUUUUUGAUAUCGAGAACGAUUUUGAAGCAGCAGUGGGUGCAAGGGGCGUUCAAUUCCCGCAGAAUUUGAAGACAAGCAGCCCAAAGGAGUCGAGGAAGCAACUGAGCCAACCAUCCCAGAAGAGAAAGGCUUCCUCUCCUUUGGCGCCACGGUCUCCAGUGAUCACCGUGUCUCACAACUCUCAGAUGCAACCAAUUGAGCCUGAGCCAGCAGUUCUGGUGAAGGUGGUUGAAAUCGAAGCGAGCCAAAUCAUGAGAAGCGUCCUCAAGGAAGUUGAGACUUGCGAGCAAGUGGAACUAGAAGAGCUCCCAGAGGAACCCGCUGUUGCUCCCAGCCAGCAAGACGAGCUUGAGCCGAUUGUCGAAGAACCAGCAGCGGCUGUUGUUGAGGAAACACCACUGAGCGCUUCUGCCGAGGAAAACUUCUGCAGCCAGAUGACCGAGGUGCCGAAGGACUUGCAGCUUGAGCAACAAGAGAUUCUGGAAGAAACUAAUCCAGUUUUCAAUGUUCCAGAAAGCCAGAACCUAGACGGGAAAGAUGGCGAUGCGUGCUCACAAGGAACGGUGAGCACGACUGCCUCGUCACAGGUCAACCUGCUGGACGAUGAUAAGCGCAAGGAGUAUAUGCGCCGGCUGAUGGCCUCGCCCAACCUGACAAUGCGGGAUGAUGAGGCUCCUGCAGCCACUGCUCCGAGAAGCCAGACAGCUUCCAGCGCCGUCUCGGACAACGGUUACCUGCAGAACUUCUUCCGCACCCUGAACCAAGGUGGUGCUGCUCCAACUAGACCAGCUGAUGGUUUGGCAACCCAGAAGUUGUCUAACACAGAGGCCCAGUCCAUGGCCAGUUUUGUUCUGGACCAAAAUCCCCAGGGUGCCAAGACAGGCGGUGAUUUUGCCUUCCCAUCGCUGUCUAGUCAGACAGAUUUUGCAGGAUUUGGAUCUGGCGCCAGUGGCAUGUUCGGCGCUGCAGCUCCAGAAGGGGAAGCAGCUGCAGGCUUCUUCAACUUCGCAAACAAUACAUCCGCUCCCCAGCAGCAGCAGCAGCCAAGUGGCUUCUCCUUCAAUUUUGGCGACCAGCCACAAAAUUCUUCCUUCAUGAAUUUAUUUUAAGUUUUGACUGAAUUUCGCUGUGGGAAAAUGCCCAGUUAUUUUGUUUAGAAGUUCUCUGCAAUUUUACUUUGUGAAAUGAAGGUGGGUGGAAGCUAAGAAAUUAUCUUGUGUGUUAAUUAAACUCAAUUUAAAACUUUUGACUGAUAUAAAACUACUAAUUUGGUUGUGAAUUGAGCUACAUAUUUUGUGUUCUCUUGAGGCCAAUUUGUUAUUAAUUUGCAUUUCAUUCUAAAAUAUACUUAAUAGAAAGUUAAAUGAAAUAAUUUACUCGAAAUGAGCACGGUUCAUGAAAUUUUAAGAGCAGAGGUUGACUAAAUGGCAAACAAGUUUCCAGAUGUAACCGCCUGCUUCCUAGAGUUGCUGCCAUUGAGGGGUAUACCAAGUAGUAAAAAUGUUUUAAUAAAAGACGAUUUCCUGUUACCGCCCAAAACAAAUAUAGCGUCGUUUGUCCUAAAUGAGAAGCUUGAAAAUUAAUAAAAUAGCCUUCAGAAUA